UCAGAAAUGUUCAUGGCGAUGUCGGAGAUUUACAGGGAAUGCCGCAUCCCGCUGAUGGAGUGUGGGAAGAAAGGCUCCUCUUUGUCAGACAGUGGCAGUGGCGAGGACUCUCUGGACCGGCUCCUGCCCACGGUGAGCAGCGCCCUCCGCAGGAAGAGCACGUCUCUGAAGACAGAGCCGCCGCUCCUCCGCACUGGCACGCGCACCAUCUACACCGCCGGACGCCCACCGUGGUACGACGAGCACGGAGCCCAGUCCAAAGAUGCCUUCGUCAUCGGGCUGUGUGGUGGCAGUGCUUCAGGGAAGACCACGGUGGCCAACAAGAUCAUAGAAGCUCUGGAUGUACCUUGGGUAGUGCUGCUGUCUAUGGACUCUUUUUACAAGGUGCUGACAGCUGAGGAGCAGACGCUGGCGGCCAGUAAUGACUACAACUUCGACCACCCCGGGGCAUUUGACUUUGAGCUGCUAGUGGCCACGCUGAGGAAACUCAAGCAGGGCAAGAGCGUCAAGAUCCCCGUGUAUGACUUUACCACCCACAGCCGCCACAAAGACUGGAAAAACCUCUAUGGUGCCAGUGUCAUCAUUUUUGAGGGAAUCAUGUCCUUUGCUGAUAAGGAGCUUUUGCAGCUCCUGGACAUGAAGAUCUUUGUGGACACAGACUCGGACAUCCGUCUGGUACGGAGGCUCAGGAGGGACAUCACGGAGCGAGGGCGAGACAUUGAGGGUGUCAUCAAGCAGUACAAUAAGUUUGUGAAGCCAGCUUUUGAACAGUACAUUGAGCCCACCAUGAGAUUGGCAGACAUUGUUGUGCCACGCGGUGGGGGAAACAUGGUGGCCAUAGACCUGAUAGUCCAGCAUGUUCAAAGUCAACUGGAGGAGCGUGAACUCAGUGUCAGAGCGGUCCUGGCCUCGGCCCCCCAGACGCAGCCUUUGCCCCAGACGCUCAGCGUGCUGGAGAGCAGCCCGCAGGUCCGGGGCCUGCACACCAUCAUCAGAAAUAAGGAGACUAGUCGAGAUGAGUUUAUCUUCUACUCCAAAAGACUGAUGCGCCUUCUAAUAGAGCAUGCUUUGACCUUCUUGCCAUCGAAGCCUUCCACCGUGCAGACGCCGCAGGGCCAGGAGUACGAGGGGAGGAGCUUCAGCGGGAAAGGGAUAACAGGCGUGUCCAUUCUGCGGGCAGGGGAGACCAUGGAGCCGGCGCUGAGGGCAGUCUGUAAAGAUGUCCGCAUCGGCAAGAUCCUCAUCCAGACCAACCUGGACUCAGGGGAACCAGAGCUGCACUACCUGCGCCUGCCCAAAGACAUCAGCGAGGAUCACGUGAUCUUGAUGGACAGCACGGUGUCCACCGGAGCGGCGGCCAUGAUGGCUGUGCGUGUGUUGCUGGACCAUGAUGUGCAGGAGGAGAACAUUCUCUUGGUGUCUCUGCUGAUGGCGGAGCUGGGAGUGCAUUCCGUGGCCUACGCCUUCCCCCGUGUCAGAAUCAUCACCACCGCCGUCGACGAAAGCGUAGACGACCUUCUCCAAGUCAUUCCGGGAAUAGGGGACUUUGGGGACCGGUACUUUGGGACGGACGGCACAUCGAACUGGAGCGACGACGAUGACCAAGAUACACUCAGCCACUGAGAACCGGGCGCUGCCAGC